AAGUAGCAAAUUAUUCAUCUAUAGGAACAGUAAUGACUUUAGAAUUUAACGAGGAAGAAUUGGUUAAUAAUUUUAUUAUUGAUGAUUCAAAUAUUACAUCUUCUAGAGAUACUUUAGUUUUAGAAGAUAUUAUUAAUCUCACUUUACCAAUUUUUGAUAUUAAUGAUAAAGAAUUACAUAGCAAAGAAAAAGAUCAAAAUAAUAUAAUUUUACCCUCCAAUUUAAAAUAUAAUCCAAAAGAUUUGGUUAAUUCUUUUCUUCAAGAAAAUUUAAAUUGA